AGGCAUUUCUAGCUUUCAUUUCAAGUUUAUAUACAGGUAGGGCAAGGCUUCCAUGUGCACAGAGUGCACAGUUUGGGCGUGGAGACGUCGUCUGGCCGCUGUUCUGGUUUGCUCGGCUGUUUGCGCCCGUGGCGAGGUUGGACUGUGCUUGGCUGAUGGGAUUCCAGAGGAAUCCCGAGCCUUCAUCCACAAUGACCUUGGUGAGAACAAAUCCAUUAACUUUCUGGCGUGCAGUUGGCCUUCAUCAUACUUACUCAAUGAGAUGGCCGUUAUGAUGGUCCAGGAAGGUCUCGGAUAUCACGCGCGGGUGGACCCGCGCGUGGGCGCCAGUGGCGCGUCCCCGAUCUAUGCGCUGGGAGGUUGCGCCAACUUUGACAGUCCUACCGACAAGAGGUGUGGAGAAAACGAAACGGAGUUUCAUGUCGCAGUGGAUGCCUGGAUCGGGAGCUACGCGGGCCUCUACGCGGAGUUUCGAAAGGAUUAUCCCAGCAUCGCCCCGAUUGAUUUGGGGUCCAUGGGCUAUGCGGGCGAGGAGUCCAUGUUCCUUUCUCGUGAAGUGCUCCUGGCUGCUCAUGAGGAAGGCUUAAACCUGGAUUUCCACAAGAGUUAUAACACAACGCACCACAACCCCAAGAAGUACUUCGAUUCCGUGGCUGACAUCAACGUCUGGGAGUUGUCGCCGUGCAAUGCCACAGACUUCAUCAACCCAUUGAGAAUGGGGAACUAUGCAAAGUACUCCGGGGACGCUGCAGGAGUGCAGGAGCUGCCGGACAACACCACCAUUGCCAUUUGCCCGGACGGUUAUUGGUGGCUCGCCCCAGCCUGCCGCCACAAUAUCUCUGAAUGCAUCCCCGUGAUCACUGCCGGGAUUGGCUGGAAGCUGCAGGCCAUGAUGCAGUGGACGACCGCCUACGGGAUUCCAGCAGCGAUCACCAUCUCCGGGGACUGGACACAUUUUGUGAAGCAUGUGCGCACCGUCCGGAGCCUCUUCUACUGGUGGGUGCCGGACUCCACGUUUAUUGAGAUGCAGCCAUCUGAAAUCGUGUUUCCUCGCCACAGUGCCAAUGCAUGGGCACGUGGGGACAAGACCACCGGGGCUGCUGGGGUUUACAUCUCCAAGAUGGCAAGCACCAACCUGGAAUCAAAGGCGGGGAGAGUUCAGGAGUUCGUGGCCAACAUGGAGUUCGAGUUGCCUGAAGUGCAGGACAUGCUUUUGGAGUACCAAACGCUGGGUUCAGAUGAGAUCCGGCGGGUUGCAUGCAACUGGAUGAAGAACAACGAAGAGAGGUGGCGGAGCUGGGUGCCUGCCGAGACCGAUACGAACUGUCUCUCCGGCUUCGGCUUGGUGGAUGCCCAGGGCGCCUUCUUGGACAGCCGCACCGGCGCGACGGGCUGCGGCUUGUGUCCUGCCGGGCGGGCAUCGGAGGAGGUGCGGGACCUGAUCGGGAAGACCUACCGCUGCAGCCGGUGCCCCCGUGGCUAUUUUCAGGCGAGCACCUACGCCACCCAGUGCGAGCCCUGCCCAAAGGGCACCACGUCGGAUUCCUACGGCAGUGUGGAAUGCCAGCGCUGCCAGCAAGGCUUCUACCAAGAAGCCCCCGCGCAGAGCGGCUGCAAGUUGUGCCCUGCGAGCAGAAGCACCAUGCUGCUGGGUGCCGCCAGCCUGGCGCAGUGCGUGUGCAGAGCCGGGCUCAUCGAAGAAGACGGUCUGUGCCUCCCUUGCCCAGAAGGCCUGUGGUGCCCCCUGGGCAGCACCAUACCACGGCUGCGAAGUGUGCAGGGUGCCGACGACAGCCUGCCGCACGUGCUCCGCGGAUUCCAUUCGGAAACCGCUGCGCCUUUGGCCCUCUACAAGUGCCAGGAUGACUUCUGCCCAGGUGGCUCCCCAGGCACUUGCUCUGGUGGCCGCCAAGGCAUCACUUGUGGACAUUGCCCUGUGGGCCAGUAUUGGAUGAGUGAUCAGUGCGAGACUUGUGGUGCAGUGAUGUAUGCCUGGAUUGGGGCGGUCCUGGUAAUUUGCACGGCGAUCUUCAGCUCGUACUAUCUGCUCACAUCAAUGUACACGGCGAAGGCAAGCGCGUUGGGCUGCACGACAGCUAGCUUGGGCAUGAUGCUGUCCACGUUUCAGACCCUGGGGGUGCUGUAUUUGGUGCAGGUGGAUUGGCCUCAAGGCCUCAGGGAAGUGCUGGAGUUCUGCGCGAUUUUCACAAUGAACCUGGACAAUCUUGGAUUUAUUUGCGUUGUUGAAGGAGAUGCGUAUGGCUAUUUGGCUCUUUGCAGCUUCUUCUUGAUCGUGACGCUAGCUUUGCCUACCGUCGGUGCUGUGACGCGGCGCGUGAAUGCACUGAAGCGGCGCGGUCUUGAGUGGGACCCUUACAAGACCCUCAGCACCACCGGCCAGUUCUUGCAAGUGAGCUUCACCACUUUGGCCAACGUGGGGUUGAGGCCGUUCAUGUGCUACAACCACCCCACCGGCGAACACAGCGUGCUGAAAUACACGGAGGUCGUGUGCGGCGAGGGCGAUCAUGUCGUCAUGGCGGUCUUCGGCAGUUUGGUGCUGCUGCUGCUGACCGUCUUCUUUACAGCGUGCUGCUACCUUGCGAAGGUCGCCCCGAAGUUAUCCGGGAAGCCGCAGUUGUUGACUUUGCGCUUCUUGAUCUUCCGUUUCAGGGCGGACGUGUGGUGGUUUGGCCUGGUCUUUCUGGCGAGGGGGCCGUUACUAUCCCUGCCUGCUGUGAUAGCAACCGACAUGCCGGCACUCACCCUGACCCUCAUGCUCUGCAUCUUGUUAGCAUCGCUUGGCGCGCAGAUGUGGUUUUUGCCGUGGAAAUCGCCCAUCCUGAACUUGAUGGAUGCAGUGACAAUUAUGCUGCUGGUCUUGCUCUUGGCUAUCUCCUUGGGCCUGGCAAGAACCACGCUGGAUCUCGACAUCCUGCAGCAGUGUGCCACCGUCGUAUCUUCCUGCAUGCUGGGCAGCCUGGCCUUCCUGAUCCUCUUGUCACUGGGUGCGCUCAUUCAUCGUCGUGCGCUCGGCGGCCAGGAUGAGUUCUGGCUUCUGAAUCUCGGGCUGUUGCCCGACCCGGCGGAGAUUUACGAUCACCUCGGGGAGGUUGCAGAGAAUAUGAAGUCCCUGUCACCAGCGCAGAAGCAGGAGCUCCUGGGCAACAUUGCAAAGCUCUCGGUCUAUGACCUGGACAUUGUAAUGCGCUCCGUGGACAUCCUGGCGGAUGACCUGGCCCUGGAGAUGACGGAGCUGCGAAGCUUUGGAUCGCGGAUCUCCACACAGCAGCGGUCCAUCCGCUCGGAGGCGGGCGGAUGGAACUUGGUGGCCCGACUCUCCAGGCUGUCCAGGAGGAUGUCCAUGGCGUCUAGGCCCUCCAGGAUGCCCACAAGCUUCUCACCUGAAGCAGAUGCAGAUGGCAAAGAAGCCAAAGAGGUCAACGAAGUCAACGAAGUCAACGAAGUCAACGAAGUCAGCGAAGUUAACGAAGUCAGAGAGGUAGGCGCGACCGAAGGCCUGUGCCUGCCCAGUGAGCCCACCGAGUCGGCGGCUCUCUAGCGCUUGCGAAAAACAGGUUUCACCGCUCCUGGUGGCGACUGCUUUUUAAUGUCAAGUGGUGAUACUGCUCGGACAACGGAAGGCCUGACCGGACCAAAGUGGUGCAAAUCCCCCCUGGGUUCCACCGGAGAUCGAAGGACAGAUCACCAGAUCGUCUUUUCUGGUACGGAGAACCUGCGAUGGGUGGUAGCUGUAUCGAGUUCAGGGUGUGCGAAUCUCUGGGGUUUGUCCCCAAGAGGUUUCACUCAAUGUGGCAUCGCCACAUCAAGCACCGGUCCCCCUUUACUAUGGAUGUGCAAUAGCUUGGAGCAGUCUACCGCGCCUAGUGCCUGCAUUUUCCGCAAUGUGCAUUCGUGCGCGAUUUUUUUUGGGAAUCAGCACGUGCCAGUUCGCUGCAAAGCAGCGUCAUCCACAGACAGUGCCCGGCUUGAGCAAAAAAGGAAG